AUGGCGGAGAUCUUAGCAAUAGAGGCCUCCGGAGGCAAUGAUCUCCUUGAAAAUUGGUGGCAGUUUAUACUCCUCGCCAUUAUUGCAGUCAGCGUGUUCGUAGGCGUGGUGGCUUUGGUGUGGACGCUCUACAACUUCCUACGCAAGCGCCGGCAGAUAUCCUCCGCAACUCCUUCCUUGUCGAAGCGCGUGAAAGCCCAUCUCGAUACCCUCUCGAAGAAAUCCGUACCACUCGGCCGCAGCGGUGGACCGCGUUCAAAACCCUCCUCCUUUGGUGUUUAUUUGGGGAGCGUCGAAUAUCCGCCAACCAACGCACAAGCUCGAUUGUUUGAACACUAUGAUGUUUUGGUCCUGGAUUCACAGCAAUGCUAUGCGGUCGAAGCGCUCUCAAUGGCUGGAAGCACGAAACAACUUCUUGGAAGAAUCAGCCUGGAACAACUGCUCGACACGGAUUGCAGCUCCAACGACGCUCGGGUGAUACAGUCAAUAGACAAGAUAGUUGGAGCCGUGUACGAACGUUUCAUAAGCAGAGACCGACGAUCCAUCUUCCAAGGCGUCCUGAUAGGCGAUUGGGAGAACCGUAUCUCGGUUAUUGUGGUUGACGCUGUCGCGCGGUAUCUCGCCCUAUUAGGCCUUGAGGUUUCCCUUGAGGUAUCGCCGCCUAAUUUCUUGGACCAAGACGACAUGCCGGAUUUACAACUUUACUCGGGUGUUGUUGUCAAGAAUGCGAGUAUUCUGCCGAAUGGGGAAAGACGCGACUUUUUCCAACUGGAGAAGAUGAAGCCGACAGUCAAAGCUUUCGUUUCCCAGGCUUGCCUACGUCCCUUCGCAGUUCUAAUGUGGGAGACUAUCGAUGACAAUGUAGUGCUCUCCCAUGCUGUUGUCAAGAGGAGCUACAACUGGACUGAGUUUCAUGGCGCUGUAAGCUGGAUAGGCACAGUAUCAGCGCUUACCGAUGCCACCCUCAAUGCUCCGAUGCUCCAACCUUUGGGCGCUUUCGACUGGUUGAAGGAGGGCAAAAUCAUGAAACUCCACGAGACCUAUCGAUCUACCCGAUUACUUGCACCUUGGCCAAAGCCGCGCAUCGACGAGUAUCGUGAGCUUGAAGGAAUUCUUCCCAGCAUACGCAGCUUGGUGGAAUCUCUUCUCAACCACAGCUCCUCUGCCAGCAGUCUGUCAAGCACUCUGGAUGGAGUUUCCCACGAAGAGGACCGCUUAGACACACUCAACACGCAGGUCAGCAUGGAGUGGGCUGGUCAAUUGGAAAGGUUUUCGGUCAAUCCACUGUCCAUCUCACCAACCGGCAUCACAUACGAAGCGCUUGGUUGCUUUCCGAUCGGCUUCGAUGUGACGUCUGACGACUUCAACAAGAUUGUAGAUUCACAGCGGCGACUACGAAGGUUAAACCUGCUCAGUACCGUUUCGCAGCCAGAUGUCCGACAAAUCGGCGUCUCUUUGCGCGAUGUCCUAGGUUGUGUGUCAGUAUCAGAAGUUUCAGCCAGAGUUCGCCAAGCGACCCAGCAGCUCAGUGAUCUUUUGUUGCGAGCAUCCUAUUCAAAGGAGAGUGAUCCGCUUGUACGAGUCUACCUGGGACUCGACUCGGGUUUCCAUACGUCUUCUGGUGUUCAGUUUUGGGGUGUUUGGGAGACAGACGAGCGAACGGGAGCUUUAAUACUCUACCUGUCCAAGAAUGCCCGAGAUCUUUCAGGCACCGUAUUGCAUACGUACCUGAGUAGCCAAGGUCUUCCACGUCACCAGUGCUUCGAGGCCGAAGUAAUGCUCGCCAGUCACCUUCCUGGUGACAGGGAAUCCAUGGAGAAGGGUGGGCUUCCGGAGCGUCUUGCCCAAGAUUUGGGGAUGCUGUCACCGGCAGACAUGCUUCUACUCCUUCAGCAUCUCCACUUUUCCCGCUGGGAUGAGACCCGCAGCGACCCCCUGCUACAUUCAAUUCAAUCAGCUUGUGAGGAUGUACUGUUGGACGUCCCGUCCUUCUUACAGCUGAAGCAACGAGGCAAUAUUGACUACCUGAGCGGGAACAUCUCUGAUGCAGAGCUGAUAGAGGCGCGGUUAACAUGGUACCAGCAGCAUGGAUGGGCGCACCUACCCAAAGACACAGCGCUUACUGUUUUCCGCGACGUCCAUUGUCUGCUACUCAAUAUCUUACAGGGUCGACGUUACGAUCAGCUGAAUCUGUUAACUUCCACGCUCGAGUCUCUGCUGACGCGUGGUACGCUGGAUACUUAUGCAGACAUUCUUGCAUUCUCCCUCUUCUGCGCCGCGCGGAAAGCAGCAUUCGACGAAGUCUACCUAGAGGUCACUGAUCGGAACCCACUCUUCAACGAGUUCAGCGACCAAGCUGCGGCGUUUGCUGAGCUGUUCGCUCUGGGCUCAAGAUGCGAUGCUUAUUUCGAUGUCACACCGAGUGCCUUUGGAAGGCUCCUGGCAGACCGCUACCGUGCAUACUACGGACAGCCUGAUCAUCAACCACCUCUGCAGAUUGGUAAUGCACCAGCAGUAUCUUCAGCAUAUGCGGCUGCGCAAACAGAUAUCGACCCACAUGAGAAGUCCUCUGCGAUGCCCGCCUACAAACGUUUCACCUUCCUGAGCGUGUUCGCCAUCCCAGCACUCGUGGACAUCUUGCUGCUCACAACCACAGGACGUGGCUUGUACCUCAGCGCUUUCAUGAGCAUGAGAGAACAAGAGUACGCAACCCUCGCGCUCAUGCUCUCGCUGCUUCUGUCCGGCGCAAUCGGCACCUGGAUAUCUAUAGGCGGUACCUACUAUCUUAUUUCUAUGGCUUUUAGCGCGGCAGAGAUGUUCGUCCUUACUCGACUUAUUGGCGGUCUCGGCUUCACUAUCGCCGGUGGGAUUAUCGGCUUCAUCAUAAUUUCCGCCGUCACUCACGUCCAGGCUGGGGCCAUCUUCUUCUUCUACCUUGUCGGUUUCACCUCGUAUCUCUCCCUCCUCGCUGUUCUAGCCACGUAUCAAUUCCCCGGCAGUUCCUUUGGCAACGGACGCGUCGUGAUUAUCUGUCUCAUUCCCCUGCUCGGCAUCUCACCAAUCCUGACCACGUGGGUCAACGGUUAUGACUCAAUUAUUUACCUCUCGGUGCUCUUCUUUUUCGUAUUUGCACUGUUGCUCGGUACUCGUCGGGUCGCUGCUCGCUGGGUUACCUGGCUACAGCACGUAUCGACGACCUCCGAUGCAGAAAUCAGCAAAUGGUACUCUAGUACCGCUAGCCCCGAUGCAGUAGCAGCAUUGAAAGACCUCAGCGGUCCUGCUGCGCUGAAAGUUGCACGAGAGAGGCUCAGCGAGGAAGUAUUUGCUGAGAGGGAUCGCCGCUUGUGGUCCAAGGCCACCGAAGAUCCGCUUGUAAAGAAGUUAGCUGAAUGUUGGGACGCAACUGUGUUUCUUCUCGACUGGUACAGCCGGAUUUCAGAUAUCAAGAAGCCAAUUCCGUACUCAUCCACCUGGAACCUCCAGGUAGGUGUCGCAAAGGACAGCUUGCUUCAGCAGCAGAAGGGCGUCAGACUCCACAAUGCCUUCAUCCUCUGGCGCAACGCCGGAGACGAGAUUGGAUGUGGCAUCCUAUACUUCUUGGUAGCGCUGCUUGAUCGCUGGAUUGAACUGCUCUACGGCGAACCCCUUCUAUUUCUCUCGGCCGCAACGAACAAGCAAUUCCGCGUUGCUGUAGGCUUUGGCCUCGCAUAUUACCUAAUCGGCGCCGUCUUACUUGACUACAAAGCUGGUCAUUUGCAUCAACAAGCUCAGACCUCGGUCCCUGUCUCGAUAAGUUCCACGAAACUGCUCCGGAAGGCCGUUGUAAAUGAUGCCAAGUUCAAGCGGAUCCUUUACUGGAAGACCCUCGCAAGGUUCGUCGGUGUCCAUGUGUGGGCGCUCGCCCUUUCGGCGGGUCUGAUCUGGGCGCUUGACGGCACUAAGAUAUCACUCAUUAUGUUCCUCGCCUAUGUCGGAGCUUACACUGGUUUGUUGCUUUACCAAUAUAACCAUAUAUUCUCAGGUCCUCGUGCGUUAGGCCCCCUCCUCUGUGCGGCAGCGAUUGCCCUCCCACUGGGUUUGAUACUGAAGCGCGUCAACUCUCAAUGGCCAUACAAUGGCGUCGUUGCGCUUGCAGUAGCUACGUGGAUCGCAGCUCUCACCUCUUUGUAUACCGCACGGAUUGGGUUGCCAGGAAAAGCCAAAGCUGCACCAGCUGGCCCUACAAAGGAUUUCAGGGCUUACCAUGGCGUCUCCGUUGACCAGAAAUGGAGCCAGGCCGAGCUGGAAGCUUUCCACGAAGGACUUUUAUCUGUCCCAAGAGAGGAGCGAUUCAUUGUUGACGCUCAAAACCAUCCGGGUACCGAGAUCAGAGCUAUCCUACUUUCAUGCCAUCCUGAUUCGCUUUCCAACCUGGCUCUCGCAGCCUACCCCAAUGCGCCGCAUCUCGUACGCAAAGUGGUCGCUGCUUGGGAGCAAGGUGCUAUCGCAGUUGAGCUUACCUCCAUGCGUUCUGUGGUGAAACCGGAGGCCGACGUGAGAGCGUUGACAUGCUACACCGAAGGCCGCCUACAUCUCUUCAUCGCAUCAGACAGUGAUGAGACUACCUCUCGUGACUCUACCGGCUCCGACAUCCAGAUGAACAUUACUAGCAACUGCCGUGCUAUCGCUGAAACCCUUCUGCGGGCAACUGCUGAGUCUCUGUUUGGCCUGAGCCACACCCAAGCCAGCAUUGCAGAAUCCCUUUUGGUCUGCCGGACAAACGAGGAUUGGCGAGCCUACCAAGUUUCGGAGAGCCUUAAGCGUGCCAUACCUUUUGAAUUCUCUGAGUCAAAGAUGGCUGCUUUUGCCAGCGCGCACAGAAGGGAUCUACUAGAGAACUUAUGCCUAGGUUUGGAGUGUGAGACGAAAUGGGAAUGUUUGCCUCAAAACAUCCGGACCGUCCUCCUAAGACGCUGUCUCGGGGAGCCCAGUCUUCUGUCUGCCACCGAUCUCCAGUGGCUCCAGACGCACCUUCAUGCGGAAAUCGGUUGUAGUCUUGAGACCCGGAUUGCUCGUUACGAUCUCGGCGCUUAUCUUGCUGUCCAGAAGAGCAACUACUUUAAGGCUCAGGGUCCAUUGGUCCUUGGCGAGAAGGCGUAUCAGCAGAGGACAGCGGACGUUCACUACUACCAAGACAGAAAACGGGCAACCGUGUCAACCACUUCUGCGCUACGGGCAAUAGGGAUGCGCAUCAAGGCGCCUUUCUCUUGGUGCUUCCACGCCCUGGGCACUUGGACCAAAUUCAUCAUGAUUGCCCCAGUAGCUGAUCUGGAAUAUCAGAGGGAGCUCCGGUGUACAAUAAAACAAAGUUCAUUUGCGAAAUUUCCCAUUGUGGCCAAAAUCGUCACCUGGCUCCUCAACGACUUGUGGAUCUUUGCGAAAAUAAGCCAACGGCUCGGGUUUCCCUUCUUCAUUUACCACCGCCGUAAGGAUGUAAAGCAGCUUUCCGAGAGCAUCAAAGGCACGCUCAUUUCUCUGAAGAACGGCCGUCUGAUUGUUCAGAGCAUAGAUAAUACUUCCACGGCCUUCAUCCGCAGCGGCGCCGGAGGCACUUUUGAGCUUUACUUCUACUCCGGAGCACAUAAAACCGAGCCUGAAGGAGAGCAAGGUCUUGUCAGUGUCAGCAGAUUCUCGAAAGACAUGCGCUUGAAAAGCCGUGUAGAAUUCAGCAACGGGACGCUUACCAAUGGUUACGCCUACGAAUACCCAUCGGUCAAGUCCAAGCGGCAAAGCAAGCUCAUGAGGAUCGAGAACAAGAGGAUCCCAAUUUCAAGGAGGUGUAUUCGUGGACCCGACAAGAGUAGCGAGGUUAUCUACAACCACAAGGGCCACAUCGAGUCGGGAUCCUACGUUAAGGACGGCAAUCUAGUCAGGUUCCGAUACUACUACCGCAAGAACGCCCGCUUUGAAGACGAGCUGCUCAGAGGAGAUUUUGCUAUGGACUUCAUGACUGUCAACGUCGAAUGGUGUGCUCCACCCGUACGCCAUCCCGAGAAAUCAGAGCGCUGGGUUCCCGGUUCCCGUGUCACUAAGGCGACGUUUGUGCAAGGGUCAGAUGUUUGGGAAUGCUCUUGGACGUACGAUCACCAGUUCCAUCCCACGAUCGUCAGCAAGCUCAAUGAUGAAAUCGUCGAGACACCAGACAUGAUCCGUCACGAUUGGCUGGGUGUCUUGAAGAAACCCAAUCACUGCUCUUUCCUUGGGGAAAAUCCUCUCCUCAACUUCCCAUCGGUCAAUCUCGGGUUGUUUUCAUGGUUGUUCCGGCAUACACAGCGGAUUCCUGUAUCAACUGCAACUGCUAGAACGAAGCUCUGGAAGGAGUGGAAGAGAAGGAAUGACCUGGAUGGUGUCGUCAUAAGAUGGCUGGAUGAGAAACUAUUGAGAGCCGAGCCGUUGCUCAAGCCAUAUUGGCAGCGCCGGGAUCGCGGAAACCUCACUGCGGCAGAAGAUUACCUCGCGAUGCACGCAGACACGAUCAGUGCCAGUUCCGAGCUGGCCCCGGAAAUUGCCGCGUGGACGCCAUUGGCCUUGAGAUUGAGCGACCUAUUCAGCUUUGGUCAAGGCGGAGAUGCGAAUGUCAACAGACGGACCAAGACGCUUCAGCCUGAUACUGAUAGCACUCUCCACGUCGUUGCGGUAGACUCUGGGACCUGGCCGAACGAGGGCGGAGGCGUAUCCGCAUGCCGCAGGGAUCUAGUGAACAAUCUCAGGACUAUCCGCUGGCACAUGGUUGUUGAAUCCGCUAAUGACUUCGGUCUUCCGAAACACCAGACCGAGGAGAACGUGGAGUCGCUAAAGGUCGUACCUCUUUGGGGCUUGGACUUCCUCCAUCCCGUCCAUGGCAUAUUCAGUAACAAGCUCGACUCUGAAAUUGACAAGAUGACCAAAGGCGCCGCCAUCGAAGACGUUAAGCGAAACUUUAUUCCCACAUUGACGGCUCUUGUAAGAGGUGCGCGUGCCAUUAACCUGACCCAGGCCGAUGUGAAACAAGCGACCCGAGCACUAGUCAAUCUCAACACCUAUUUCCAGGAUUCGAGACACUGGAAAGAGGUCUGGACAAGCGACAUCGUUAAGGAUACAUGGCGCCAUCUGUGGAUCGACGACAUGCCAAAUGCUACUCCCAUCUCCGACUGGUUGGAAACGUAUUGUCCGACACUCAGCGAUCUCGAGACAUCCUUGGAUCUGUGGUUCCGCUAUCUCUUCAUCUUUUCUAUACCCAUACCGGAAGAAAUACCAGCAGUCUUCCAGGCUAGUCACCACAGCCCUUCCGCGUCUUACGGUAUCGUCUGCAAGAUCAAGCGCAACUGCACCCUGCAGAUAUGGGACCAUGCCAUCAGUUGGCGUGAGACAAAUCUCUACCUCUCCUCUGCGCUUUGCACUCUACCCUCUUUCACCCGAAACGCCCUUCUUGGGCUGAUGCGCCUCACCUCCAUGCUCACUUUGCACCAUGCGGAUCAAAUACUUCCCUGUGCUGACCAGUUCAAUCCCGGGUGGGAAGUUGAAGUGGGUACUUCUCAAGGCGCGAUCACGCACCGAAACACCUUCAGGCGGAAGGUAGAUCCUGUCGUCAACGGCAUCCCUCCAGCGGACCUGAAGAAGUUCUCGCCUGUCACGGAGAUCAAGACGAAGAAGCCGACGGUUACUAUGCUCUCCCACGUCUGGUUUGCUAAAGACAUUAAGACGGCUCUACUUGCCGCCGAUGUAAUUCUCAACAAAUGGGGAUUCGAUGAGUAUCAACUGGACAUCUACGGUGCCCUAAACAAGGCUCCAAUCUACUCAUCAGAAUGCACAGAGGUCAUCGCCACGAAAGCGUUGCAGAGCAACGUCUCCUUGUGCGGUACCGCGGAUCCGGGAGUCGUGCUGUCCAACACAUGGCUGUUCCUCAACUCUUCUGUCUCCGAAGGCCUUCCUCUCGCUCUCGGCGAAGCAGCCUUGACCGGUGCCCCGGUAGUGGCGACAGAUGUUGGCGCUUCCCUGCGCGUCUUGACGGAUCCUAAAACAAACGAGCGAUACAGCGCCAUCGUGGCACCAAACGAUGCUGUAGCUCUCGCACGCGCGCAAAUCAACCUCUUAGCCAUGCUUGACGAGUGGGCUCCCUAUGCCGAAGACGAACCUGGCCAGCCAGUACCAGUUCUACCAGUCAACCCAACUCGCGAGGACGUGAAGAGGAUCACGAAGCGCAUGUACGAGAAGACGCCUCAGAGACGCAAGCUGGGAAUGAUGGCUCGCGAUAUCGUACAGCGCUCUUUCAGUGGUGAGCGAUACCUCCGCGAACACGAGCAGAUGCUCUGGGUCGGCAAGGCCCGUAACGAGAUGCUUGGUCUGCGGCCCCGACAGACGCGGAAGCUCAGCACAAUCGAGAUGGCGACUGGCGAUACUACCGGAAUCGUGGACGAACAGCUCGAGAAGAUGGCACACCCGCGGCCACAGUGGUGGAAGCACAGCUCUAUGCAAUCAUCCUUCAGCAGUGUCUGGGAGGAGCCGAUGGCCGCGCGUGGCCUGCUCGGCGGAGAGUCCAGCACUACUCCCAGCUUCGAUACGGAUGUCGAGGCGACUGGUUCGGCGGGCUCUUCGUUUGCGGGGAGUUCCGGUUCAUCUGUCAAGAAACCGAACCCGGUGGCUAGGAGUCAGUACUUGCAGGUUCCUAUGCCGACCGCUGACGGACGGUUGAGCGUGAUGAGUGGGAAAACGAAGAGGAAGAGUGGGUUAAGCUACAUGACGCUCGCUCAUGAGCAGGACUCUGACGGUCAAUCCGAUAGCGGUCCCAUUACUCCUUGA